AUGCAUCUGCUGAAGGCUUCGGUUGGUAACGGAUUACUUUUCUUGCCACACGGAUAUAAAAGAGCUGGCUAUGUGAUGGGAAUAAUUUGCAGUAUAUUCAUUGGUGUAUUGUGCACUCACACGGUGGUCACGUUGGUGAUCGAGUUCUUCUCCGACCACGAGAUGAACGUACGGAUCUACAUACUCGCGUUGUUCCCUAUAAUCUGCAUGUUUGCCUUCGUGCCGAACUUGAAGUAUCUCGCUCCCUUCUCCAUCGUCGGUUUUCUGUUCAUGCUGACCGGUGUUUGCGUCGCCUUGCAUUAUCUCUUCCAAGCUUUUCCAAGUCCUGGACGAUUGAAACCGUUCACGCAAGUGUUGCCUGUGCCGAUGUACUGCACCUUGUUCCUGUACUCUUUGCACAACGUGACAUUGUGCAUGCCGUUGGAGAACUCGAUGAAGAAUCCGCGACGCUUGCCGCGGCUGAUAACGUUCAACAUGUUAGCUAAUACCUGUUUGUACACGACGUUCGGCUUCUUUGGUUACAACAAAUACAUGGACAGUACCUGCGACACGGUGAUCAAGAAUUUGCCAUUGGACGAUCCGUAA